AAUACGGUCGCUGAUGGUGGCUGCAGUCUUAUAUUCGAACGUGACUAUUGUCGGUAACCGAAAAUGCUUAUCUUACUCGUGUCGGUGCUAGCGCUCACCAUUAGCCUGGCCGUGUACGUUUAUCAGCAAUUUGCGAGUCGUCUCUUUUAUGCUGCGAAGAUUGGAGGCCCGAAAGGUUAUCCCAUCCUAGGAAACUCGAUCCAAUUUGGAACCAAAUCCCCGGCAGAUUUCCUACUGGAACUGCAGAAAACGAACCAGGAGUACGGGAAAUUCUACCGUCUCUGGAUCGGUCCUGAUUUGAUAUUUCCAAUAACAGACGUAAAAUUGGUUGAGGCGAUUCUCAGCAGUCAGAAAUUGCUUGAAAAGUCGGUCCAGUACGACUUCUUGCGGCCGUGGCUAGGAAAUGGAUUGCUCACCAGUGACGGGAGAAAGUGGCAUAGUCGACGAAAGAUUAUCACUCCGACAUUUCACUUCAAGAUUUUAGAACAGUUUGUUGAAAUUUUUGACCAACAGAGUAGUAUCCUUGUAGAUCAGUUGAAAACGAAAGCAAUCAGCGGAGAAGAUUUUGACGUCUUUCCUAUGGUGACAUUAUGCGCGCUGGAUGUGAUCUGUGAAUCUGCUAUGGGAACGACGGUCAAUGCGCAGCUCAACUCAGAUUCCGAAUACGUGAGAGCAGUUAAGAACAUGGGCACCGUUGUGAUGGCUCGCUCGUUCAAAGCAGUCGCAAGGUUCGAUUUCUCGUUCUACUUCACCCCUUAUCGUAAAAUGCAAAAUGAGGCGUUGAAAGUUCUGCAUGGCUACACGGACAAUGUCAUCCGUACACGGCGUCAAGCACUUGAGAACUCCUCGAAAACUACAAACGAAGACAAAAAUGAUUCAGGGAUUCGUAAGAAAGUGGCUUUUCUGGAUAUGCUUCUUCAGGCUACGGUGGACGGGGAGUCCUUGAGUGAUCAAGACAUUCGUGAAGAGGUCGAUACAUUCAUGUUCGAAGGCCACGAUACAACUACCUCUGCCAUCAGCUUCCUUCUUAAGGUCUUGGCUACGUAUCCGAAUGUGCAGCAGAAAGUCUACGAAGAAGUACGAACCGUGAUCGGAAACGAUAUGAAUGUAAAGGUCACUUUAUCAUUGCUAAAUCAACUACACUACCUCGAUUUAGUCAUCAAAGAAUCUCUCAGAAUGUACCCAACUGUGCCGUUCUACGGCCGAAAAUUGCUAGAAAACCAAAAAAUCAAUGGUAUUGUAUUUCCGGCUGGAUCCAAUCUUUUGAUCUUCCCGUACUUCAUGUGCAAUGACCCGGACUAUUUCGAGGAUCCACUGGAAUUUAGACCGGAACGGUUCGCCAUAGAGACAUCGGCCGCGAAAACCAACCCAUACCAGUACGUUCCGUUCAGCGCCGGCCCGAGAAACUGCAUCGGCCAGAAGUUUGCCGUGGCGGAAAUCAAGAGCUUAAUCAGUAAAUUGGUCCGACACUAUGAGGUGCUGCCGCCCAUGAAGCCGAAAUUGGAAAGACAGGUUUCCGAGUUGGUACUGCGAUCAGAAGGUGGCAUUUCACUGAGACUUAAGCAUCGGGACUAAAGAAAAAGUGAUGCAAAUAACAAACAAAAUUGCAUUAGAAAUGUAAAUGUGAUAAAAUGUCAUAUUUUGAUCCGAUGUC